UUCACUGUGUGCCCUCCUCGCUUGUACACAAUGAGUGCCAAAUCUGCCAUCAGCAAGGAAAUUUUUGCGCCUCUUGAUGAAAGGAUGCUGGGAGCUGUCCAAGUCAAAAGGAGGACAAAGAAAAAGAUUCCUUUCUUGGCAACUGGGGGUCAAGGCGAAUAUUUAACUUAUAUCUGCUUGUCAGUAACAAACAAGAAGCCCACGCAGGCAUCCAUCACGAAGGUCAAACAGUUUGAAGGUUCCACGUCGUUUGUUCGGAGAUCACAGUGGAUGCUCGAGCAGCUUCGCCAGGUUAAUGGUAUCGAUCCUAAUCGGGAUUCUGCAGAAUUUGAUUUGUUGUUUGAAAAUGCUUUUGACCAGUGGGUAGCCAGCACAGCCUCAGAAAAAUGCACCUUCUUCCAAAUUCUUCACCACACCUGCCAGAGGUACCUCACAGACAGGAAGCCGGAGUUUAUUAACUGCCAAUCCAAAAUAAUGGGAGGAAACAGCAUCCUGCAUUCAGCUGCCGAUAGCGUAACCAGCGCAGUACAGAAGGCAAGCCAGGCCUUGAAUGAGCGCGGAGAACGGUUAGGCCGAGCUGAGGAGAAGACAGAAGAGCUGAAGAACAGCGCCCAGCAAUUUGCGGAAACUGCGCACAAGCUUGCCAUGAAGCACAAGUGUUGAGAAACUGCCUAUGCUGGCGACCCUCUUAAGAUAAAUGGAAGAUAUUGUGAGCAGUUUUUACAAGAAUUCUGGACCUCCGCUUGCUUCUUUUUUUCCAGUAUUUGGACAUUUAGGGUUUUUGUUUUUCCUUUUCAGACAUUAAUAUGAAAGAAAAGGUGUUGUGUUUAUACAUUUCCCAAAUGAUCUUGCAAGAAAUGCUACAAAAUAGCAUUAGCUUCAUCUUGGCUUUGUUUUUCUCCAGUGUGUGUGCGUGUUUGAAUGGGUUUCUUUUUUAAAAAAAUUUUUUUUGUAGUUUGAAUAUGGAAUUUGGACCAAAUGAUAAACUGAGCUGGGUCGAAACUGGCAACAUGUAUUUUUUUCCUUUUAUAUUGAGCAAGAAGGCAUUCUAAUGUGGUGACACAUCAAAUGCCAUUGUUCCUAGAUGAAAAUAAAAGUCAAGUAGUGAUUGGUUUCAGUCACUCUCCUAGUUACUCUUAAUUUGAAGGUUAAAAUUCUGUAUUAUGGAAAACACUUGGAUUUAUCAGGAGAAACAGCAGUCUUAGAUUUUGCUCAUUGCAUAGUAAUCUUCUGCAUGAACCAUCACCAGCAUUCAAAAAAACAAAUCAGAAUCACAGAUAGAAAUCUACUUUCUGAGUUGCAGUUUAAAUACUCCUGCUACUUGUUUCCAAGCUGAUUAUUUGGAAUUAUCAUAUGAAGGGUAAAAAUUUGAGAGUAAAGACCUAAGGAAAAGCUUUUAAAACCCUCUGUGUAUGCACAGAUGUUUCUCUCUUUUGUCAUUGUCUCAAUUAUGGUAGGUGGUAUUGAAAAGAGCUUGUAUUUUUUUCAAAAAUUGAUUUGUCCAGAUACAGGUCUGUGUCAAUAAUAAUGUGAAAAGAUACUACAUUUAAAAUCUUUGUCCUUUUACAAAAACAUGUCUGUUUUAGAGACAGCCUUACAAUGUCCUUGGGAAGCUGCCUUCAGUUCCUUGGUAUCUGGUUUUGAUGUUGUUACUGCUAUCUAUUUAUUUAACGUAAUUUAACAUGGGAGUUUCUUGACAAAUUGCAUUUCAUGGUAAUUGUGACUUGCCUGGUCUGACAUAAAACCCACAGUCACAAAGCCUUUACAUUGCAGUCAGAUUAAAUAAAGUUGGUCACACACCUCCUGAUCUCCUGUUAACUCAAGAUAUCAACAUAAUAUAGGGUUUAGAGUCUAGAUGCUUUGUUUCCUAGAAGGUUAAAAUGCUAAAACAUAAAAGCUGUGUUUUUGGUUUUGUUUUUUUGCUUUUUUUUAAAUGAAGCAAGGAAGCAAGCUGCACAUCUCAGACACAUUGUCAGCCUCUCUCAUUGCAAGUACAUUGACUUUUAAGCUGCCUGAAUCUUCAGGACCUCUUUCUAUUCCUUUCUAGCCAUUGAGCCAAUUGAGUCUAUAAGUAUCGUAGCCUCUGACAAUAGCAGCAUAAGAUGGCUUUUGGAUUUGUUAAUGCUGAUUUAAAUAGCUUAUGUUCUCCUAAUAAUGCCUUCCCAGGGAGACAGAAAGUUUGUCUAUUAGGCAGGAAAAAAUAUUAGGCAGUGCAUGUCAAAAGGGAGAUGGGAUUUUCCAGGGGUAAAUUUCUGAAUCCUCUUAGAGAGAUGAUCCAAUUCAAGAAAACUCUAUAAAAUGUACAUAAACUAUAUAAGUUUACUAUAAUAUUUUGUACUUUUCUUUUGGUAUCUUAAAAGUUUAAAGAAGCAACAUGACAUUUGGUGAGUAACAUUAGAAGCAAUUACAAUUUCUAAGUCAAGCCCCAAAUAUCAUUCCAAAUAGAUUUUGCUUGCAGACCUUAGUUCAGAACACACACACACACACACACACACACACACACGGAUGUAUUCAUCUUCCCAAAUUGGAUUCUGGUUUCAGAGAUAGAUAGUUGGUAUAAAUAAUUGAAAGGAUAAAUCUAAAACCCCCUGACAAUCGGCCAAACUCAAGAAUAAAAUUGGUUGCAAGCUAUCUAAAAACAGUGUUUGGGAAGUUGCUUCUAAAGCAGCAGGGGAUGAGGUCAUAAGCAUACUGUGAAAUCUGAGAUUCUUCCUCCCAGGUAGAAUUGUGAUAGUUACUCUUGAUAAAUAUGAGUAUUCCACAUCUUGCCCUCUUUCCUUACUCCCUCUGUUUAUCCUUUUAGAACUACAGUUUACUGGAAAUAGCCUCGAUUAGAAGACCAGCCUUCGGUAUCUUCAUUAGCCUCAUCUAUUGACUAGCUUUCUGGUUAUGUUCAUGCCUUUGACCUUCCUAUCUUAACAUCCUACCUAGGCUUCCCCCAGAGAGGCCAAAACAGCAAUCUCUGCCCAUCCUCUACCUCCCAGCAUCUUGCAGAGGAGCCCAGUGAUAACACAAGUAAAGUCCUUUACUGUCCUUUUGUAGAAGGUGCUGCCGUACAAAAUGUUAAUAGAAUCCAACCUAGAGAAAAUUGCUAAAAUCACUCACAUCACUUGGGACCAGUUUGUGUGGUUGAGCUUGCUAGAAGACAUUUCAUUUCUGCUUGUUUCAUUUCUGUACUUCACUAUGAAUUUUGGGAUACUAUAUUUCUGUGAAGGACUUCUCAAAUUGUGUUGACAAUGCAUCGAGAAAAGAAACUUUCCAGUGUUACCACUUCUUCCUGGAACAUAGCUGUAGCAUUCCUCACUAGUAUUAUUAGAUAUCUGUGUACAGGAAGUAUGCAGUUAUUCAGGUUAAUGUUUCAUAUUAAAGAAUGUAUUUGUAAAAUGUAACAAGAUCAGUAGUUAACUUUUUUUAAGCUCUGAAAAAGUUAAGAUUAUGUGUUAGACUUAAAAUUACAGUGAAAUCUGUUUUAAUACUACUUUUGUGGCUAGCAGAGUUUGUGCAUUUAUGUAACAAUAUUUACAGGAUACCCUAAAUAAGGGACAUUAAAGAUAGGUUUCACUCUUACUUUUCAGAAUUGUGACACUGCUGAUGUCUGUUGUACAGUUAUUAAUUCUUCAGAAGUUCUCUAAGAUGUCAAAAAUAAUUUUUGUUUAAUUCAGAGUCAAGUAACACCUGCUCUAUUGAUUCACUAUUAAGCAAACCUAAUUUUGUCAUUAAAUAUUUUAACUGUGAACUGUGAUGAAA